AGCCCAAAAUAAUUUAUUUUAAUUUUUUUUAUUUGAAAUAAUUGGUCUUGCUGCUACUAUAAAAUAAAACCCAACUUCUUCCCUAAUUCUCGAUCGAAAUCAUCAUUCAAAUUCACAGAGAGGUAAUUACAGACGUUAAUUGAGGAUGAAAGGGAAGGGCGGGCAGAACAGAUUCCUGCGGAUUCUGGCGCUUCCGCUGAGAUGUCUGACGAGGACGCGGGACUGCUACGUGAGCGGCAUGACCAAUUACGCCGUCGCCAAUCUUCCCAAGCCGCCGAGAGUCCAGCGGAGCUACAGCGCCAGCUCGUACGGAUCGAGCGACAGCGAGGACUUCCGGGAGCUUCUGAAGGCGGCGUCCACGCGCGGCAUGGAGAGCCGGAUGGAGCUGGAGAGGCUGAUGCAGAUCUACGUGAGGCAGCAGCAACAGUCCGCCGCCGCGCAGAGGGUGCCGAGGAGCAGCAGCGUGGCGGCGAUGGGGAGGAUCGACGAGGAGAGCGGUCCCGGGGAGGAAGACGACUCGGUCAAGUAUCCGAGGAGCAAAAGCUACGCCGUCCCCAACAAGCGGAGUGCCGUUCAUGGAUUUUGAUCUUCAAUUUUCACCCGGGAAUUGAAAAUUGAUUUAAUCAGAGCUUUGAUUUGAUUUGAUUUUGUGUGUAAUUGUAGAUUUCUGCAGUGUUCGAUCUCGGGUCGGGUCGCUCCUGAUUCUGCGCAUGGGUGUGCCGGCGGCCGGGCCGGUUCAAGUUGUACAACACCGUGCCGUUUCAGCUUCUGAUGUAUCCCUGCGGCCCAGAAAACCAGAAUUUUAGUUUGCUCUCUCUCUCUUCACCCUCAUGGCAGACAAGGGCUUCGUUGAGUUCGAUCGAUUCCAAACAAUAAGCUGGAUAGAAUUGAAUUGGAUCCCAAAUGUGAUCUACAAAGAGGAUGGCCAUGCUUAGAGCAUCAGCAGCGGCAGGGUAAAGGGCAUGCCUGCCUCGUAAGGCGCAAUGGAAAAUCUUUAGUGGACGGACCGACGGAGGGGUAUAAAAUAGAAAUACAAAUUUAUUCCUUAGAAUUACCGCUUUCGUCUAUGGUUACAUCCAUGUAAUUUUGUGUAUCAAUGCCGUACCUUGACCCUUAAGCUCGACAUCUUGGCAAGAACCAAUCUCGAUUGCAAACAAGUGUCUCAAAUGAUUCAAUGCUAAUACUACUUCGGUGGUCAGUUAGAAUGUUGCCGUUAGAACUGAACUAUUGUUUCGGCAUGCAUAAUACUUGUCUGAUUAGCAUUCCGAGAGACGGGAACAUGUGUACAAUCCGCUUCUAUCAUUUGAGGACGCCGAACUCGUUAUCUUGUCUUCAUCGUAGUCGCAUUAGACCCCUUGGUACCUCGCAAGUUAAUAGUGCGAAUUUACACUUGUACCACCUGAACUCAUCGAGGCAGAAUUACGUUAGAAACAGCAGCUCUAAAGACAAAAAAAGGUUUUAAGGGGAUCCACAUAUGGGUAUAAAAAUAGACCAGAUAA